CUUUUAUUUUCUGGGAACUGAGUGACAACUCUUUGGUGGGGUUGGAAGUGUCUUCAGUACCCCCCCCAAUCCGAGUCCGCUUGCUCGAGCCUAAUUGACCAACAAAUUCGAGGUAAAACAAACAACCGAAGCGCAUUUGAUAUCAAAAUAUCGCGACUAUGUUGCUAGACACGAGGGCCAUGCGCCAUCUGACGGCGGAGGACUGGAAGGUUUUGACAGCGACCGAAAUGGGGACCAAGAACCACGAGCUUGUACCGACGCAGCUAAUUGAGAGACUCUCAAGGCUCAAAGGCGGCGCCAGCGGGGUGCACAAGAGCAUUUCGGCGCUGGCCAAGGCGGGCCUCAUCGCCCGCAUGAAGGAGGCCAAGUACGACGGUUACCGGCUGACAUACGGCGGGCUCGAUUACCUCGCGCUGCACACACACUCGCAGCGGCGGCAGGUCUAUAGCGUCGGCACCCGUAUCGGCGUCGGCAAGGAGAGUGACAUCAUGAUCGUGGCCGACGAUACGGGCACCCAGAAAGUCCUCAAGAUCCACAGGCUGGGCCGCAUUUCGUUCCGUACUGUCAAGUCCAACCGCGACUAUCUGAAGAAGAACCAGGCCUGCGGCUCGUGGAUGUACCUGUCCCGUCUGGCGGCCAUGAAAGAGUAUGCCUUCAUGCAGGCCCUGAGGCAGGAAGGGUUCCCCGUCCCCGAGCCCCUCUCACAGUCGCGGCACACUAUCGUUAUGACCUUGAUCAAUGCACACCCGCUGCGGCAGAUAUCGUCCGUUCCGAACCCUGCCGGGCUCUAUGGCGAACUGAUCGGACUCAUAUUGCGAUUUGCUAAGCAUGGGCUGAUCCACGGCGACUUUAACGAGUUCAAUAUCCUCAUCAAGGAAGAGAGACCAGUCCCCGAGACCGAGAGCAAGGGGAAAGGCAAGGACGGAGACGACGAAGAGGAGCCACCGCGUAUACUUACCCCCAUUGUUAUCGACUUCCCGCAGAUGGUGUCGAUGGAGCACCAAAACGCCGAGAUGUACUUUGACCGCGAUGUCCACUGCAUCAAAUACUUCUUUGAGCGGAGAUUCCAUUUCGUGGCCACGGAGCCGGGCCCCUUUUUCAAGGAUGCCAAGAAGACAGUUGGCAAAGGCGGCGCCAGGAGGUUAGACGCUACCGCAGAAGCAUCGGGCUUCACCAAGAAGAUGGCCAAGGAUUUGGAAACUGCUAUCCGAAACCAGGCUGUUAUACAAGAGAGUGCUCCCGACUCUUCUGACGAAGACGAGGAGGACGAGGAUGAGGACCAAGAAGAAGAAAACGACAACGAAGAUACCAAAGUCCACUUUAGUGAUACCCUACCAGAGAGUGGAGAGGGCAUGGUAAAGCUCGUAAUUAGCGAAAGUACAUAAAUAGCAAUCCAACUGCUCUUGCAUGAGCACCAAUUAUUCAAGUUGGCCCUGCUGGGACAUUUCAAGUAUUUUGCUACUUGGACUGCCCCAUCCUCGCAACUACAGGCAACUGGCCGGUACCUGCUGGGACAAGUCUCAUUUUCAUGACUUUACAGCUCUGUGCUACAAUAGCCGUAUCUGCAGCCAAAUGCUGACCAUAUCAAAAUUCGUUUGACAAAAUACAUUUUCCUACUUACCUAAGAUACCUUACCUAUCCGCCUCCAGGUUCACAGGUGUUCCAAUUUAAAUAAGCGACUCGGGG